GUUCGAUUCUUCUUUUACUCGCCAUACGUCAGAAGAGAUCACAAGAUACAAGCUGUCUAAGCAUAGCAUGUCCAAAGCAUCACUACAAAGAAUGCCAAGAAGUAUAUCACGACUUGUCAUUAUACUAAUCUUUAUUGCAUUUUUCAUUUUUUACCCUUCAUAUAAUGUCACCAGCACAUCCCAAUCUCCGGCCAGUUGGAGUUUAGUCAACGAUGACACGGCAGAAAAGGAACAAUUGCAGCAAGAAAUGCAACUACUGAAACUUUUGCAAGAUGAGGUUGAUGUUGAAAUGGAGCAAAUUUCAACAAACGUCAAUGAAGAAGACGACGAAGCUUCAGAAAUAACCUCGUCUGCUCAUGCGUUUUGGAAAAGAAUAUUCAAUAUCUUUGAUCAGAAUAAGAUUGUGAUCUCGGGUGAUAUAAGUCAAGCUAUUGUAUACACCGAAAAGGAUCGCCAGAAGCAAGGUGCUGCCACUAGAGAGGCCUUGCUUUCUCGUGCUAGCAUACACCUUGCGGUAAUGGAGGAGCUUAUUGAGAAACAUAGUAGUAUAUCCAAACAAUUGCCUUCAAAAAUUGCCCAAUCUACAUACAAGAAGAAUUCCAAGGGUGUUGUUCUUAUUGGGGGCACCAAGUUUUCCUGGCUUUCAUACUUGGCUAUAGUUGCCCUUCGAGAAACUGGAUCAAAACUUCCGGUCGAAUUAAUCAUGCCCACCAAAAAUGAUUUCGAGCGAGAAACUGAAUUGUGUACUAAAUUGUUACCUCCUUUACAAGCAACUUGUGUGGUUGUUCCUGAUGUCUUGGGUAAAGCAGUUAUGAAGGAACAUGCUUUUUCCAAAUAUCAAUUCAAAGCCCUCGCAUUAAUGGUUUCCUCGUUUGAACACAUACUUAUGUUGGAUUCCGAUAAUAUAAUUGUAUCCAAUCCAGAUCCAAUCUUUGAAAGCAAAUUGUAUCAAUAUUAUGGUAUGAUUACCUGGCCUGAUUACUGGAAACGAACCAUUUCUCCUAAAUUUUAUGAAAUUGCUGAACUUGAAGUUAAUCAACAAAAAAGAGUUAGAUAUGGAAGAUUCCCCUUGUACACUCCUCCUAACGUAAAAUCCAACUUGAUGAAUGCUGAAGAAGAGCAAGUUCCUUAUCAUGACUUGGAAGGAGCCAUUGCUGAUUUAUCCACCGAAUCGGGACAAUUGAUUAUUAACAAGAGAAACCACGGAAAAACAUUACUUCUUGCGCUUUUCUAUAAUAUUUACGGUCCUGAUUUGUUUUAUAAACUAUUCGCCUUGGGUGAACAAGGGGAAGGUGAUAAAGACACGUUUGUCGCUGCUGCUUUAGUCUCGGGACAACCAUAUUAUCAAUUGAAGUCAUUCAUCAAAACUUUUGGGUACCUUGAUGAUGAUAACAAUUUCCAAGGUGUAGCGAUGGGUCAAAAGAAUCCAAUUGUUGAUUAUCAAUUAUUCCAAGAUCUAAUUGUCAAGCCAUUUUCUGAGGAUGAAAUCCGAGAUUUAUCCAUCCAGGAUCAAAUCGCCAGGCUUGAAAAACUCGAAAACGAACAGUUUCAUAACAAUAACGACAAUCCAUUAUUUACUAUCCACUGUAAUUAUCCAAAGCUUGAUCCAUUGCAGUAUAUGGAACGUGAUGAUCUAUAUGAUAAAUCCAAUAAGAAGCUUAAACAUAGGCUAUAUGGUGGGUUAACAUAUCAAAAAUACAUCACGAAUAAAGACGGGAAUAGAGUAAUGGCUACAGUUGAUUUUGAAUAUGAACAAUGGACACAUAUGCAAGAUAUCUUGUGUAUUCAAAAACUUGAUUUUGUUCAUUUCAAAGACGCCAACAUGGAAGAGUUGUGUGAAUUGAUCAAGAAUCAAGUUGAAGUGUUGGCAUUGUAAGGCUUGGGCUCUUUUUUUUAUAGAGAUAUAAUAUUAUAACAAGCAGUCAUUCUAUUAUAACAAUACACUCUACUUUGUAUCUAAAACUUGUUGAACUGAAUCAACAACUGAAUCUUCAAGAGAGAUAAAGUCAAAUCCAACAAGGGCUUUAGUUCUUGAAUUGUCAUACUUGUGAGAACCCUUGAGUUGUUCUUCACUCUUCUUCAAGUCACCUCUUGGAAUAGGCAACUCGGGGAAAUGUCUGUUGAUAUAAUAAGCAAUCUGUUCAUUACUAGCAAGACUGGUAAUCAUCAAUAAUCUCUUAUUAAUAGCUUCAUCCUUUUCAAAAGCAAUAAGGUGUGCCCGAGCGACAUCUCUAACAUCAACGAAUCUACCAGCAAACACUGGGAUAUUAUCGGUAGGUUUUAACUUCAAAACCUUGUUGACAACCUCAGCCGACAAGUUUAAUUGGUUCUUAUCCUUGAUGGCAUAAGCCUGAGGACCAAAGACGAACAGGGGAUUAACGAAUGAGAUAGCAAACUUUGGCUUCUCAUUCUCUACGAAUUCAACCGCGGCCAAUUCAGCAAACUUCUUCGAUCCAUAGUAUCCAUUCCUAGCAUUGAGUAAACUUUCUUUGUAUUUGAUUGGAUUCCAACUAUCUUCAUCAUAAACCUUAUCCUUUUCGAAAUAUUCAUCAAACCCAAAAACAGCACCCAAGGAAGAAGUGAUGACAACUCGACCAACUUGAGGAGCAUAGGUUUUGAUUGCGGUAAGGGCAUUCUUGGUUCCUUGGAUGGCAGGGAGGAUGAUAUCCCGUUCGAUAUCAUCAGCUUGGAAUGUCACUGGGGAGGCAGUAUGAAUAAAUACAGUAACAUCGGGGUGUUUCUUGAGUGCGUCGUCGAAUGCACCUGGUGCACUGAUAUCACUAACUACUUCAUAGGAAAACUUGUUCGAUUGGGUUAAUUCUUUAAGGUACUCUCCCUUGUUGGCAGACCUAACUGAUCCAACGACAGUAUGUCCCUGUUCAAGAAGUUGCUUAACUAUGUGUUGAGCAAUAUAUCCGUUAGCACCGGAAACGAAAAUAGUAGUUGUGGAAGUCAUUUAAUUAAUUGAUUAAUGAUAAUU